AUGACCCGUGAACUCCUAUUGUGCUUUACUCGGUUUUCUUUAUUAACUGUCUACUUCAAAACUUUGGUUGAGCUCAACGCUCAAGUAAAUGUGUUUUGGGGUGCUUGCUCUGAGUGUAGAUGGAACUUCUAUGCAUUGAAAUAUUUCUCUGAAGAUGGAUUAUUCAAGAAGACCUUGGCCUUUAAACUUAUUGGAAAGGAGGAAGGUGUCAAGGGAUACUGGAAAGGGAAUCUCCCGCAGAUUAUGCGCAUAAUUCCAUAUAGCGCCGUGCAGCUUUUUUCAUAUGAAGUUUAUAAGAAAGUCUUUAGCAACAAGGAUGGAGAACUCUCUGUUGUUGGGAGGCUUUUUGCUGGUGCUUGUGCUGGGAUGACCUCAACCUUUUUAACCUAUCCUCUCGAUGUGCUACGUCUAAGAUUAGCAGUUGAAACUGGAUCCCGAACUAUGUCUCAGGUUGCCCUAAACAUGUUUAGAGAAGAAGGUGUGUCUUCAUUUUAUGGUGGUCUUGGCCCAUCCCUCAUUGGAAUAGCACCUUAUAUUGCUCUAAACUUCUGCAUAUUUGAUUUAAUGAAGAAAUCUCUUCCAGAGAAGUAUAGGAAGAGGCCAGAGACAUCUCUGAUAACUGCAAUGGUGUCUGCCUCACUUGCCACACUUAUGUGUUAUCCGCUUGAUACUGUGAGAAGACAGAUGCAAAUGAAAGGCUCACCUUACAAUACUGUUUUUGACGCUUUUCCUGGUAUUUUGGAACGUGAUGGUGUCCUUGGAUUAUAUAGAGGAUUUUUGCCUAACGCACUUAAAAGUCUUCCAAACAGCAGCAUUAGGUUAACAACCUUUGAUACCGUUAAAGGUCUCAUUCGUGCUGGGCAAAAGGAGCUAGAAGAAAUCAAGGAGGAAAGUAAUCAAAAAGUAGUUGGCUAAAAAUAUUUUAGUGAUUUUUUAUCUUUCAUUCUUCCAAUGUAGAUCUUCUUGUGGUGCAUGAACCACUUUUUGUAUUAAAUUAAUCUUUCAUGUUGCAUGAGCCAUCCAAGCAAGAGUCCACUUGGAAUCUAAUUAGCAUAAUGCCAAAAAGCAAUUGUGAUGCUGUAAUAGGUCUUUCAGCAAGCACCGCCAGCAUGGACAGAGUGGGAGAUUUGUUUUCUUCCUUUUUUUUUUAAUUCUUAAAUUGAAGGCGAAACCAAUUCUUUUUUUUUUUUUCUUUCAUGUUAUAUCUAAUUGUCUUUGGAUUAACCUGCCCAACUCUAGUGUUAAUAGGCAGGAAUAUUCUGUUGUCAAACUUUUACACGUUUGAAAUGUAGAUUUUCAAUUCGCCAGUUAAAAGGAUGCCUUGAUGACGAUUAUGUUGUUCAAUAAUAUGAUAUAGUAAUGAUCGCUUCUCCUAA